AUGGUCGUCCAUCGUCGACCAAUGGACGUCGAGGCUGAGGUGCCCACUGCUGUGUACGCGCUGGACCUGCAGCGCGUGAGUCAGUUGCUGUGCAUUCCCGAGACGGAGCUGCUCUGUGGCUUCCAGGCCGACCCGACGCGGUCUGACAUCCAGGGCGUCAUCGUCGAUGCAGGCGAGAACGUCCCGUUUGAGACAGUGGGACAGGACGAUGCCGAGGACACGUCGGAGCGCGUGGCUGUGGCUGCGAAGAACGAAGCCGGUGCUCCUGUGAAGCCGUCGACUCGCUCGAGCCUGCGGCCUCCCCUGCCGCCUGGCCGGCCGCCAGCCGUUUCUCCCAUGAUCGUGACCCCAACGGCCCGGCGCGCUGCAGUACGCCAAGUCCUGCUCACUGCGGCAGUGCGGCCUGGCAGCCUGGACAGGAACCAGCGACCCAAGUGUCUGAUCCAGUUGGGUCAGCAGACGAUCAUCGGCCACAUUCUGACGCAGCUUUACGCUGCUGGCGUCGAGCGCGUCGUGGUCUCGGUAGCAGCAGCCGGUGGCCAGAUCCUUGCUGCCGUCAAGCAGACGCCGUUCUAUACCAAGAUGAAGAUUGAGUUUUUGGACUUGGGAAAAGGCAACGACGACGGACACGCGCGCUCGAUCCUAGCAGCAAAGAGCAUGUUUCCAGGUCCGGAGCCGUUUCUUAUUCAUACUGCCGACCAUAUUUUUGACAAGUCGGUCGUGUCCAAGCUGGCUGCGUAUCCACUCGGCGACGCCGUUGCGUGUGUACUUGUAGAAACCGACGUUACUGAACUGACGGGUUUGCCACGGACGACGGUCAAAGUGAAGGUUGACAACGACCAGCAGUAUGUGACGCACAUCGGUCGCGAUUUGGAAGAUUAUGACGGUAUCGACGCUGGGUUGUUCUUGAGCUCACCGGGUAUUUUCGAUGCGUUGGCCGCACUUGCGGAACAAAAGAGAUACUUCUCCUUUGCAGAAGCGCUCGACAGCUUUACCUCCAGUGUUCUCGCUGAAAAGACGUUGACGAUGUCAAGCCCGAGCCGCUUGAUCUAUCUCUCGACAGCUGGAGAAACCUGGUUUAGUAUCGAAACCGAGGAACAGCUAGCGUACACGCAAGACACUGAUGGCACGGCUGUUUUGUCUCCCUGGACGGUUUUCUUGGCUUCCACACCUACGGGAGACCCGUCGCUUACGAAAAAUGUGGUUAUUGGAGUAUCAGCGCCGGAUCCGAACCUGUCCCUUCGCGUUGCUGGCAACACAGAUAGCUCUAUGCUCUUCAACGGUUUCGUCGUUGGUGUGGGCAAUAUAGACACCAUACAGGAUGAGGAGGACGACAUCGACAUAAGUGUAGAGGGCAUCACUCCCGCCGAUGCUUAUGACUCAGAGUCCCGGCCCCUUUUAUCGUUCAGUGCCAGGUCGAAAGGACUAUGGUCAGAUCGCUCUGCACGAUCUCCAUUCUCCGCGCGUUCAUUCAUGGAUAGCAAGGGCUCUACGCUUGGGGACGACGACUCGUCUCCUUUUGUAUUAUCGUUCCCCGUGGAUGGCGAAACUUCCAAGACGGUGGAGGAGGGAAACUCAAACCACCACGCAUACUUGAUUGAAAUGACUUCGGCUGAUCCGUCUUGCGUUAUGCCUGCUGGAUUGGGUAUGUCCGAGUACUUGCUUGCCGUUCCCGGCAAACAAGAGCCGACUUAUGACGAAGACGAGGACCACGUCGAAGGAAGCUUAGCGACUCCACGGGUAACAUUGACACCUUUGCACAAGGCGACAAUCCUGCCGUCGGAUAUCACGCAAAUCUCGUUGAACACACGGGGAUACGAGGAAAGUCUCGAGGUGACGGUCGUGGUGAAGCGCAAGGCACCGAUUAUUGGCUACGUGCUGCUGCUAUCAUCUCUGUUUACAAUUUCGUCAGUGGGCGUUGCUCUGGAUAUGGUUGACGACGUCGUUACACCCGUGAUUCGCAUCUUCUGGCGAAAUAUGGCUACGUCGAUGGUCACGUUUCCUUUUGCAAUGAUGGUUCUUUUUCGUGGUUCACGUGGGCCUGGCGACCAGCAUUGGAAAACGCUCGUUCCUCCCAUUAUCGUAGCUGGCAUGGCGUACGCGUUCUUUCUGGGAUCGUUUGUCGCGGCGCUGUCAAUAACGUCGGUUGGCCACGCCACGUUGUUUAACAACGCACACUCGACACUGCUGGUGUUCUGGAAGCUUGCGCAGCGCAAGCCUGUAGCUCGAUCUGAGGCUCUAGGUGCUGCGAUUGGUGUCGUUGGCGGUGGGAUUGCGGCGAUGGACACGAGCGGAGGAGGUCCCAACAUUGUGUCACCCACUGCGGCAGGUGACCUCGUUGCACUUGCUGGUGCUGCUGGGGGAGCACUAUACUUCACGUUGGCUAAAAAAGUGCGCCCGCACAUGCAUCUGCUAGUUUUUCUGUGGGGCCUUACAGCCACAUCGGCCAUUACGCUGCUCGUGUAUAUGCUGGCUUCAGGCCACGAAUUGAGUCUGUCUACCGAUCCAUACAACGGCAUCUUUGGGUGGUUGACCCCGUCCGUUAACCGACUACUGGUAGUUCUCUACCUCGUCUUCGUGUGCGAUUGCAUCGGCACGAUGGGUUACAUCGGUGUGAUGAAAUACUUUGACCCGAUCGUGGUGUCAGUGGUGUGCCUGAUGGAACCUAUUGUGGCUACGGUUCAGGGCAUCGUCAUGGGCGUUGAUGCUGUGCCUGGACUACGUACGUUUGUGGGAGCUGCCCUUGUCAUUGGUGGCACGUUCCUCGUGCUUCAAUCGCAAAGUCGCAAAACAGAAGAAGUCGACGCCACAGAGGCCGUCCUCGGGUCGAAUGCCACUCCACGAGCAGUCUAUUCUUCGCGCUCGCGAAAGAAGACUCCACGAUACGGCAGUACGCCCCGCGACUGA